CAAUAGCGAAGCAAACAGGCUUGAUUAAUUUCCUAAGAGGAGGAGGAGGAGGAGGAAGGCUGGAUCGUGGCCAAUCGCGAGAGAAAGGAAGACGUGCAGCAGUGGGGGGUUUGGUGACCUUUGAGGAGGAGGAGGAGGAGGCAGCAGCUGUGCAUUUCACGGAGGAGGAGUGGAUCUCCUGGAUCCGGGCCAAAGCGCUCCGCACAGGGAAGCCAUGGAGGAGAAUUAUGAGAUUGGAGCCUCUUUCAAAUCGGAGCUCAAUUCCUGUUUGGAAGACGGAGAGGAUCUUCUUAUUCAGGUUCCCAAAGAGGAGGAGACCUCAGCAGAACGAGACCUCGCUUCCUGUAAGGAAGAAGGAGAAAGUUUGUUUAUCCAGGUCCCCAAAGAAGAGGAGGAGGAGACCUCAGCAGAGCUAGGCCUCAUUUCCUGUUGGGAAAGAGGAGAAGAAGAAGAUCCACUUAUCCAGGGUCUCAAAGAAGAGGAGGCGGAGACAUCAGCAGAACCAGACCUCAUUUCCUGUUGGGAAGAAGGAGAAGAUCCGGUGAUGCAGGAACCCAAAGAAGAGGAGGAGACCUCAGCAGGAUACAUCUGGGGGGUCAAGGCUGAGGGAGAACCAUCUGAAGUAUCACUGGAAAAAGCUGAGGAGCAGAUGCAGGAGCAGAAACUGAGGAGUCAAGAUGGAGCAAAGAGACAAGAGGAGAGACAGACUCACACAGGGGACAAACCUCAUACAUGCUUGGAGUGUGGAAAGAGCUUCAGGUGGAGUAGCAACCUUACUUCGCAUCAAAGAUGUCACACCGGGGAUAAACCUUAUAAAUGCUUGGCGUGUGGAAAGAGUUUCAGUCGGAGUAGCGACCUUACUUCGCAUCAAAGAUGUCACACCGGGGAUAAACCUUAUAAAUGCUUGGAAUGUGGAAAGAGCUUCAGGUGGAGUAGCAACCUUACUUCGCAUCAAAGAACUCACACAGGGGACAAACCUUAUCAAUGCGUGGAGUGUGGAAAAAGCUUCAGUGAGAGAUGCGCCCUUAUGGUGCAUCAAAGAACCCACACAGGGGACAAACCUUAUAAAUGCUUGGAGUGUGGAAAGAGCUUCUAUCGGAGUAGCCACCUUACUUCGCAUCACAGAACUCACACAGGGGACAAACCUUAUAAAUGCUUGGAGUGUGGAAAGAGCUUCAGUCAGAGUGGCCAAUUUACUUCGCAUCAAAGAUGUCACACUGGAGACAAACCUUAUAAAUGCUUGGAGUGUGGAAAGAACUUCAGUCAGAGUAGCCAACUUACUUCUCAUCAAAGAACUCACACUGGCGAUAAACCUUAUAAAUGCUUGGAGUGUGGAAAGAGCUUCAGUCAGAGUUGCAGCCUUACUGUGCAUCAAAGAACUCACACAGGGGACAAACCUUAUAAAUGCUUGGAGUGUGGAAAGAGCUUCAGUCAGAGUAGCACCCUUACUUCGCAUCAAAGAACUCACACAGGGGACAAACCUUAUCAAUGCUUGGAGUGUGGAAAGAGCUUCAGUUACAGUAGCAACCUUAGUUCACAUCAAAAAUGUCACACCGGGGACAAACCAUAUAAAUGCUUGGAGUGUGGAAAGAGCUUCAGUCGGAGUAGUGACCUUACUUCACAUCAAAGAACUCACAGAGGGGACAAACCUCAUAAAUGCUUGGAGUGUGGAAAAAGCUUCAGUCAAAAUAGCCACCUUAUGGUGCAUCAAAGAACUCACACAGGGGACAAACCUUAUCAGUGCUUGGAGUGUGGAAAGAGCUUCUGUCAGAAUAGCCAUCUUACUUCGCAUCACAAAACUCACACUGGGGACAAACCUUAUCAAUGCUUCGAGUGUGGAAAAAGCUUCAGAUGGAGUAGCGCCCUUACGGUACAUCAAAGAAGUCACACAGGGGACAAACCUUAUCAAUGCUUCGAGUGUGUAAAAAGCUUCAGAUGGAGUAACGCCCUUACUUCGCAUCAAAGAAUUCACACAGGGGACAAACCUCAUAAAUGCUUGGAGUGUGGAAAGCGCUUCAGUGAGCGAUGUGCCCUUACUUUGCAUCACAGAACUCAUACAGGGGACAAACCUUAUCAAUGUUUGGAGUGUGGAAAGAGCUUUUGUCAGAGUGGCCAGCUUGCUUCGCAUCACAAAACUCACACCGGGGACAAACCUUACAAAUGCUUCGAAUGUGGAAAGAGCUUCAGUCAGAGUGGCCACCUUACUUUGCAUCACAAAACUCACACAGGCAACAAACCUUAUAAAUGCUUGGAGUGUGGAAAGAGCUUCAGAUGGAGUAGCGCCCUUACGAUGCAUCAAAGAAGUCACACAGGGGACAAACCUCAUAAAUGCUUGGAGUGUGGAAAGAGCUUCAGUCAGAGUAGUGCCUUUAGUAGUCAUAAAAGAACUCACACAGGGGAAAAACCUUAUGAAUGCUUGGAGUGUGGAAAGAGCUUCAGGUGGAGUAGCCACCUUACUUCGCAUCAAAGAACUCACACAGGAGACAAACCUUAUAAAUGCUUCGAGUGUGGAAAGAGCUUCAGGUGGAGUAGCCUCCUUACUAGGCACCACAAAACUCAUACAGGGAACAAACCUUAUAAAUGCUUCGAGUGUGGAAAGAGCUUCAGUCAGAGUUGCCACCUUACUUCGCAUCAAAGAACUCAUACAGGUGACAAACCUUAUCAAUGCUUCGAGUGUGGAAAGAGCUUCAGUCGGAGUGACAGCCUUACUUCGCAUCAAAGAACUCACACAGGAGACAAACCUUAUAAAUGCUUGGAGUGUGGAAAGAGCUUCAGUCAGAAUAGUGCCUUUAAUAGUCAUAAAAGAACUCACAGAGGGGACAAACCUUAUGAAUGCUUGGAGUGUGGAAAGAGCUUCAGUGACAGUAGUGCCUUUAGUAGUCAUAAAAGAACUCACACAGGGGACAAAUCUCAUAAAUGCUUGGAAUGUGGAAAGAGCUUCAGUCGGAGUAGUGCCCUUACAGAGCAUCAAAGAACUCACACAGGAGACAAACCUUAUAAAUGCUGGGAGUGUGGAAAGAGCUUCAGUCAGAGUAGUGCCUUUAGUAGUCAUAAAAGAACUCACACAGGGGACAAACCUUUUCAAUGCUUGGAGUGUGGAAAGAGCUUCAGUCAGAGUAGUGCCCUUACUUUGCAUCACAGAACUCACACAGGAGACAAACCUUAUCAAUGCUUCGAGUGUGGAAAGAGCUUCAGUCUUGGUAGCCACCUUACUUCGCAUCAAAGAACUCAUACAGGGGACAAACCUUAUACAUGCUUCCAGUGUGGAAAGAGCUUCAGUGACAGUAGCCACCUUACUUCGCAUCAAAGAAGUCACACAGGAGACAAACCUUACAAAUGUUUGGAGUGUGGAAAGAGCUUCAAUCACUAUAGCACCCUUAGUAAACAUGAAAGAAUUCACACAGGGGACAAACCUUUUCAAUGCUUGGAGUGUGGAAAGAGCUUCAGUCAGAGUGGCCACCUUACUUUGCAUCAAAGAACUCACACAGGAGACAAACCUUAUAAAUGCUUGGAGUGUGGAAAGAGCUUCAGUCGGGGUAGCCACCUUACUUUGCAUCAAAUAACUCACACAAGAGGCAAACCUUAUAAAUCCUUGGAGUGUGGAAAGAGCUUCAGUCAGAGUAGCACCUUUACUUCACAUCAAAGAACUCACACAGGGGACAAACCUUAUAAAUGCUUGAAGUGUGGAAAGAGCUUCAGUCAGAGUUGUAGCCUUACUGUGCAUCAAAGAACUCACACAGGAGACAAACCUUAUAAAUGCUUGGAGUGUGGAAAGAGCUUCAUUACGAGUAGCCACCUUACUUUGCAUCAAAGAACUCACUCAGGGGACAAACCUUAUACAUGCUUCGAGUGUGGAAAGAGCUUCAGCUGGAGUAGCCAGCUUACUUUGCAUCAAAGAAUUCACACAGGGUACAAACCUUAUACAUGCUUCGAGUGUGGAAAGAGCUUCAGUCAGGGUAGCUACCUUUCUGUGCAUCACAAAACUCAUACAGAUUGCAUGUAUCCGCAGGGACCUUGACUCUGAUGUUGUGACAGAUGAAUCCAUUGAAGUGUCCGGAGCACGGCCUUGUCUUUCUUUAUUGGAUGAGUUUCAGUUGGUGCAGCUCGAGGAA